AUGGAUGACGCAAGCAGCAACAACCAACGGCGGCCUCUGUUCGUGGCAGAACCACCAGCCGGCCCAGACGGACGGCCAGUCCUACGACGCAUCCUCAUCGCCAAUCGCGGCGAGAUAGCCUGCCGCAUCAUAUCCACAUGCCGCAAGCUCAACCUCACCUCCAUCGCCGUCUACGUCGACGAAGACAUCACAUCCCUCCACAUCCACCAAGCCGACGAAUCCAUCCGCCUCGGCAGCCUCCUGAACCCCCAACAACAUGACGACGACGACAAAAAGAACCACCCCACCAACCCCUUCCUCUCCGCCCCGCUCCUCGUCCGCGCCGCCCUCGCCGCCCGCGCCGACGCCGUGCACCCGGGCUACGGCUACCUGAGCGAGGACCCCUCCUUCGCCGAGGCCGUCCGCGCCGCCGGUCUGGUUUUCAUCGGUCCCACAGCGCAAGCCAUGCGCACGCUCGGCAACAAGCGCGCCGCGAAAGCGCACCUGCGGACGCAUGCCCCGGACGUGCCGCUGAUCCCAGGCCUAACCGGAUCCGCCUCCGGUGAUGACGAUGAUGAAGAGAAGCUCGAGGCCGCAGUAACCCGCGACAUCGGCUUCCCGGUGAUGCUGAAAGCCGCGGCGGGCGGCGGCGGCAAGGGGAUGCGCGUGGUGCGCGCACCAGGAGAACUGCGAGCGGCGCUGGCGCGCGCGCGGUCGGAAGCCGCGCGCAGCUUCGGCAGCGCCGACUGCAUCGUCGAGAAGUACGUGGCCGCGGCGAAGCACGUCGAGGUGCAGAUCGUGGGCGACCGGCACGGGACGGUCGUGGCGCUGGGGGAACGCGACUGCUCGGUGCAGCGGCGGCAUCAGAAGAUUGUUGAGGAGACGCCGUGUCCGUGGUUGGCUGGCGAUGAGGAUAUGCGGGCGAGGAUGGCGGCGACGGCGGUGAGGGUGGCGGAGUUGAUUGGGUAUGAGGGCGCCGGGACGGUGGAGUUUGUGGUUGAUGUUGAGACGCGGGAGUAUUAUUUCCUCGAGGUUAAUGCGAGGCUGCAGGUCGAGCAUCCGAUUACUGAGGAGGUGGCUGGAGUCGAUCUCGUGGCGCUGCAGUUCUUCGUGGCUGCGGGCGGGAGACUGGACAGCCUUCCUGCUCUCGAUCCGGUGCAGAGGAACGGCCAUGCCAUCGAGUGCCGUCUUUGCGCCGAAGACCCCUAUCGAGACUUCCUCCCCGAACGUGGGACCGUCAGGCUGUGGCGGCCAGCGGUCACUUCGGACGUGCGCUUCGAGACGGCCAUCCAGACCGGCUCCGACGUCUCGAUACACUUCGAUCCGAUGAUUGGAAAGAUCGUCGUCUGGGCGCCAACCCGGCUGCUCGCUCUCGAGAAGAUGAUCAGAGUUCUGGCCCAGACGGCGUGCGUCGGCGUGCGUACGAAUCAGCUGUUCCUGCAAGCUUGCCUGAUGCAUCCAGCUUUCCGCGAUCCGUCCUACACCACCUCAUUUAUCCCCUCCAACCUGGACAGUCUGCUGCAGAGCCCGUACGCCGAAGCCUCGAAAGCUCUUCAGGAUGCUCAUCACAUCGCACCUUGCCUCGUCCUCCGCCACCUGCGCGCGGAACAACGAUUCGGACAGCCAUUCCCUCACGUCCGUCGGGGAUUCCGGAACCAGCGCUGUGAUCCGAUCAACCAGCACGUCAACGUAGUGAAAUGCAAAGCUGCCGCCGCGACGAAAGGAGACGAGGUCUCUCCUGACCUGCAGCCGCCAUCCAUCUGCAUCAUCCAACAGGCAGACCCUACGGGCAGCAAUACAUAUCGCUUCCACAUCGCCGCCGUUCCCUCGCUAGAAAGUCCGGACGGCCCAGAGAAAUCAAUAGCCAGACUGGCAACGGCCCAAUACAACGCCCUCAGCACUGCAGUCCGACAACUCCGUCCGUUUGCCGACACCGCAACAGCCGCCUCCACCGCCACUAUUCAAAGCUUAACGCCAAUACGGCCGCCUGCACAAACAACAGCAGCAGAUACCAAUAACGGGUGGCUGUCCUCAACUGUCGCGAUAUCAGUCAACGGACGGAAGCUGCUCGCCCACAUGACCGCGCACGCUCAACACGACGACUCUUCGGCGUCGCAAGUCGGCCGGCCGCAGACAGUCUAUGCGCACGUUCCCGCGCUGGGCACGUGGGUCGAGUACGAGGUGUAUAGCCUGUUGUCCUUUGCCGAGAGCCAGCGGAUGGCAGUAGAGGAGAAGGAAGGAGGCGGUAAAGGGGCGGCGGCGAGGGUCGUCAAGGCCCCCAUGCCCUGCCGUGUGCUUGACGUGCUGAAGAAGGAUGGGGAUGAUGUCAAAAGCGGGGAGAACGUCAUGGUCGUCGAGAGUAUGAAGAUGGAGAUGAGUAUCGUCGUUUCUGUGGACGGGAAAUUCAAGACAACGUGGAGGAAGGGCGAUGCUGUUUCGGACGGGGCUGUGCUUUGUAGGGUUGAGUGA